AUGCUCAAGGUUCUCGUUCUUCUUGCUACUGCCAUCACCGCCGAAGCUGCUUCCAUCACCGGGUGUCAUUUCCACGGCGCUACUCAAUUCUGUAUCGAUGGAGAAGGUAAUGAAGGCUAUGUGACCCCGGCUCCAGCUUCUACAGCCGCUCCGAAGAGCUAUACUGGCUGUCAUAACCAUGGAUCCGAGACGUUCUGUUUCGCUGAAGGAGACGCCGAAGUCCAAUUUGUGGCAGAGGGUGACUCAAAGGCGACAGGCACUAGCGACAGCCAUGACCACGACGACGAGGACGACCACCACCACCACCACGAAAGUUCUUCUGACAGUUCCUCUCAAGACAAUUCCUCCAACCAGAGCAUCGGUACUCCUCUGUCGCUGGACUCAUCAGUAGCCCACGUCACCUCUGCCGCGGCACAAACCGCCGCCGUGACUGGAUGCCAUUUCCAUGGUUCGUCGCUAUUCUGUAAAGAUGGAAGUGGAAAUGAAGGCUACAUUUCCCCAGCCCCAACAACCACGCCUUCAAGCUACACUGGCUGCCAUAACCAUGGUUCUGCCACCUUCUGUUUGGACUCCUCUAGCGGCGAAGUUCAGUUUUUAGUCGAGGACGACGACCAUGAUGAGCACUCUGGCCACGGCUCUUCUAAUCUGACAUCUUCUUCUACGACAAGUAGUUCAGCUAAUUCCACGGUGUCGUCAGCUACUGAGAAUUUUGGAAGAAAGCUCGAGCUCUCUGCGUUGGCCGUCAUGCUUUCGCUCGUGGGAAUGCUUUAG